AUGGCGUCCGGCAGCGGCAGCAGCAGCGGUGGUGGUGGUGGUAGCGGGUCCAAAGGAAACGACUUCAGGAGAAAAUGGGACAAAGACGAGUACGAGAACAUGGCCCAAAAACGGCUGAACGAGGAGCGCGAGCGAGAGCGCAACCGCGACGCCAAAGCUCUCGCUCCUCCAGUCAAACGGGACAAUCUCAAACACAGAGACUACAAAGUGGAUCUGGAGUCCAAACUGGGGAAGACCAUUGUGAUCACCAAGACCACGCCUCAGGCCGAGAUGGGCGGAUACUAUUGUAACGUGUGUGACUGCGUGGUCAAAGACUCCAUCAAUUUCCUCGAUCACAUCAAUGGAAAGAAACACCAGAGGAACCUGGGCAUGUCUAUGCGGGUGGAGCGCUCGUCUCUGGAUCAAGUGAAGAAACGAUUUGAGGCAAAUAAAAAGAAGAUGGAGGAAAAACAGAAGGAGUACGACUUUGAGGAGCGCAUGAAGGAGCUGCGAGAGGAGGUCAGUGUCAUGUGGGAGUAG